CAACAAGAAAUAUUCAUCCUUUUAAGGGUCACAACCUAAAUCAGUUCUCAAGGCAGAUCUUUUUUUAUGUUGUUUUGUUUUGUUUUUAAGGAAGUUGUGCUGAGCCACUGAAACCCACAUAAGCUAACUCCAGAUCUUCAAGACAUUGGGUGGAUGGAAAGAUAAACAUGGCCUUUUCCUGGAUCUCCUUACUAGUUUUCCUGGGCUCAGGCUUGGGAUGUCAUCAUCCAAUCUGCCACUGUUCUGACAGGGUUUUCAUCUGCCAAGAAAGCAAGGUGACCGAGAUUCCUUCAGACAUCCCUCGGAAUGCUGUUGAACUGAGAUUUGUCCUUACCAAACUUCAAGUCAUUCCAAGAGGAGCAUUCUCAGGAUUUGGGGACCUGGAGAAAAUAGAAAUCUCUCAAAAUGAUGCCUUAGAGGUAAUAGAAGCUGACGUAUUCUCCAACUUACCAAAGUUACAUGAAAUAAGAAUUGAGAAAGCCAACAACCUGGUGCUUAUUGACCCUAAGGCCUUCUGGAAUCUCCCAAGCCUCCGAUACCUGUUAAUAUCAAAUACUGGUAUUAAGCAUUUGCCUGCUGUUUAUAAGAUUCAAUCUCUCCAAAAGGUUUUACUAGACAUUCAAGAUAACAUCAAUAUCCGAAAAAUUGAAAGAAAUUCUUUUGCAGGACUAAGUUCUGAAAGUGUGAUCCUAUGGCUGAAUAAGAAUGGGAUUCAAGAGAUACAGAAUCAGGCAUUCAAUGGAACCCAACUGGAUGAGCUGAAUCUUAGUGACAAUAUUAACCUGGAAGACUUACCUAAUGACAUUUUCCAAGGAGCCAAUGGACCAGUCAUUUUGGAUAUUUCCAGAACCAGGAUCCAUUCCCUCCCUAGCGAUGGCUUGAAAAAUCUUAAGAAACUGAAGGCCAAGUCAGCUUACAACUUUAAAACUCUUCCCAACUUGGAAAAGUUUGCUGAGCUAGUGGAAGCCAACCUCACCUACCCCAGCCACUGUUGUGCCUUUGCAAACUGGAGACGGCAAGCUUUUGAGUUGCAUCCAAUUUGCAACAAAUCUUUUGUGAGACAAGAUAAUAAUGAUCUGGCUAUGGAGUGGGGUUAUAGAAGAAGAUCUAUGGAAGAAGAGUAUAUAUCAAGCCUCAACAAAGGCUUUGACAUAACAGAAAUUGAAUUUGACUAUGACUUAUGUAAUGAAGUGGUUGAUGUUGCUUGCUUUCCUAAACCCGAUGCAUUUAACCCUUGUGAAGACAUCAUGGGAUACAACUUCCUCCGAGUCCUCAUAUGGUUCAUUAGUAUCCUCUCCAUCACUGGGAACACUGUGGUGCUGGUGAUCUUGAUCACCAGUCAGUACAAACUCACUGUCCCCCGGUUCCUUAUGUGCAAUCUGGCUUUUGCUGACCUCUGCAUUGGGGUCUACCUACUGCUUAUUGCCUCAGUGGACAUUCAUACCAAGAGUCAGUACCACAACUAUGCCAUUGACUGGCAAACUGGUGCCGGCUGUGAUGCUGCAGGUUUCUUCACUGUCUUUGCCAGCGAGCUCUCAGUCUACACACUGACAGCCAUCACUUUGGAGAGAUGGCACACUAUCACCUAUGCCAUGCAGCUGGACCGCAAGGUGAGACUCCGCCAUGCUGCCAGCAUCAUGUUGAUAGGGUGGAUCUUUGCUUUCACGGUUGCCCUCUUGCCCAUUUUUGGCAUCAGCAGCUACAUGAAGGUGAGCAUCUGCCUGCCCAUGGACAUCGAUAGCCCUUUGUCGCAGCUCUAUGUUAUAUUCCUCCUUGUGCUCAAUGUUUUGGCCUUUGUGAUCAUCUGUACUUGUUAUACCCAUAUCUACUUCACUGUGAGGAACCCAAAUAUCGUCUCUUCUACUAGUGAUACCAAGAUUGCCAAGCGCAUGGCCAUGCUCAUUUUCACUGACUUCCUCUGCAUGGCGCCCAUCUCCUUCUUUGCUAUCUCAGCUUCGGUCAAAAUGCCCCUCAUCACUGUCUCCAAGUCAAAGAUUCUUUUAGUUCUGUUCUACCCCAUUAAUUCCUGUGCCAACCCCUUCCUGUAUGCUAUCUUCACCAAGACUUUUAGAAGGGAUUUCUUCAUUCUGCUGAGCAAGUUUGGCUUCUGUGAAAUGCAAGCUCAAAUUUACAGGACAGAAACCUCUUCCACUGUCCACAGCUCCCACCCAAGGAAUGGUCAGUGUCCUCCAAUAGCCAAAAACAACAGUGGAACUGUUUAUACACUUGUCCCUCUCAACCAUUUAUCCUAAAAUCCAGAACCAUAAAUGUGUGAAAAGAGCUGAGCAUUCUGCUGGCAAUAAUUAUACCUUGCAAUCGUAGAGUUUUAUAGUUUACAAAGUGCUUUUGAAGGUAUUGUCUUAUUUGACCUUCCUGACAAUCUAGCAAGGUGGAAAAAGCAGGAAUCAACCCAUUUGGACAAGUGAGAAAGUGAAGUCUCAAGUAACUUUACUAAAGGCACGUCACGAAUAAAUAGAAGAGUUCUUACCUAGAAUCCAAGUCUCUUAAUUCACCAUUUAUUAAUCUUUUGACUAUAUAUUUCAAUUAUUUCAAUCUUUCAAUAUUAGUGGUAAUUAAUCAAAAGUAAUAGAUGAAUUAGGAAUAGAAUUUCAGCCUCCUGAUUCCUCCAUUCCUUGGACUCCUAUUCUAACUUUGGUCCUUUUCCACUGCAGCUAACCCCCAUGUUUUCCUUGAUGGAUUCCUGUCUGGCUCCUAAAUACCAUCCUAAAAGAACUUCACUGAGUGUCAAACUAAAAGGUUUAGGACAGGGAUGGACCCUUUUGGCAUUUUGACCAAACCUUUGAACCUCUUCUCACUGUUUUGAAAUACAUGAAAUAAAAUAUAUAGAAUUUUAAAAGGAAUUAAUUAUUUUGAAAUGUAUUUAUAAAAACAUUAGGAAAAAAAGUUCAUAGAUGUCAGAUUAAGAUCCAUGAUUUAUUUUCUCUCAUUUAACCAAGCACCUAUCUCAAUAACCUUUCCUUCUUUUCCUCUGACAAAUUGUGUUUUAAUUGUUUCACUUCUAUUCAUAGGGUUCAAAUGAGCAGAUCUAUGUCUCUUACCAGACUCAUGGGAUAAAAAAGUUGAAAUUCUGGACUUUAAAUCAAAUAGAAAAAAAUACAAAUAAUGUACAGUUUGUCUUAUGCCACUUGUAAAAGACAAAAUUAUUCUCAAAUAAGCAAUUCAGAAUAUUUUGAUUGCUUAUCCAUGUCUCAAGGAGAAGAACCCCUUCCUAAAUUGUGGUCAGAAACAAAAUUCAAAUUCAAAUUAUACAGGAAGCUUCACUCCAAAGAGUCAUCAUCUAGAAUUUUUGAAAUGCACUGAAUGAGGUGGGAGAUCAAGAGACUUGAGACCUUGAACGUGUUGUUCUCAGAAUACCUAAAUGUUCAUCCCAUGCAUGCUCACAAAAAAACAAAUCUCUGCUUCAGUCAAGACCUUUUAUCUUCUGAUUUUGAAGAAUGUCAAAGUUGAAGGAGUAAAAACAAUUUGGUUAGGCUUUUUUACAGUUCAUGUUCAAGGCAAUAUUAUGAAAGUGAAAAUGUGUAAAAAUUCCAGGUUCUAAAGAACUGUGAUUUAUAUGAAGUAUGAAAAGAAGGCUGCAGACCAAAAAUAAGGCUUACAGCUUUAAAAAAAAAAAAAAAAAAAAGUUAACUAUGCCCAUUAUAUAAACAAGAUUGUAGUUCAAAACCCAGUGCAGAUAAAGACAUUGUGCUUAAAUUUGUAUUUCCUUCUUUCCAUCUGGAAGAAUUUUUCCUAUUUUCCAAAUUCAUUACUAACUAUAAAAAACAAUAUAUUACAAGGGAUUUAUAGAUUUGUGUUACCAAAUCUCCUUUAUUUAUGUUCAUCCCUACCCUAUAAUAUGUAGCCAAUCAUCAUAUUUUUAACCUUUUAUAUCUUUCCUUUCCCUAAAACAGGGCUCAAGAUACUAAAUUCUCUUAUCAAUAUUGACACUUUAGGAGUCCAUUAAAAGGCUUAAAACAUAGACAAGAUAUGAUGGCAAAUAAGGGAAAAAAGGGGAAGUUUUGAAAAGAGAGGAAAUAGGAGAAAGUGAACUGCUUCCAAAGCAUUAUUUUCAUAAGAUUUAAAAUUGAAUAGAAUCUUACACAUCAUCUUCUGUAAGGUCCCUUUGUUUAAUAUAAUGAACUCUUUGCAUUUAAUUCUAAAUCUAUGAUUGCCCUAUCAGUGACCAAAAUCAUGUAGAUACCAUGAAAAAGAGGAAGACACCAAUAAUCAUAGCAUGCUUUCAUCAAUUUAAGUUAUUGUAGUAAUUUACCUUCUAAAUAGAUGCCACUAAAUUGCCAUAUGCCUCUCUUCCCUUGGAUUUUCUAUGUUUAAUAUCGGAAUUUCAGCUAUUGAUCAUAAAACAAACAGCUG